GUUCUCAUUAGCUCCAGACCGAAACAGCCAAGGGAGCCGCAUACCGCAAUUAAUGAAGCAUUAAGCUCGUUUUAGCUGCCUGGGAGAGGGGGACCAAAGCAGGGUUCACUCAGAGGACUAAACCUCGCUUUAAAUUAAAAAGCGCUCGUGGUUUUCACUGUUUUCGUUCAAAUAACAACCGUUAUUCACCGGUGAUUGUUUGAUAAAAACACCUUCAGGCACCUCAAGUUUACCCAGGUGAGUGCGCGUGACUAAGCUAAGGGAGACGGUCUGUUCCUUAUCAUCACUCUGUUGGGGUGGGGGAAAAAAACAAAAAAAAAUUGGUGUGGAGCUUCGGCGUGAGUCCAGUUAUAUCAGCAGCAGCCUUUAAAAAGCCUCCCAGCUCACCGGUGGAGGUAGAAGUCAGCCAGCAGCGAGGGACACGCAUCUCUGCUUCCUACUCUGACGUCGCGGGGACACAAUGGAGAUAAAUUACCCCACAAACACCAGAAAAUCCAACAGGACGGCAUGGUGCAGUAUAAAGCUGUUCGUCCUGUGUCACGGCUUCCUGCAGCUCUCACAGCUGCUCUACAGCGCCUACUUCAGGAGCACCAUCUCCACUAUCGAGAGGCGCUACGGCCUCAACAGCUUCUCCUCUGGAACCAUUUCCUCUCUCCAUGAGGUCAGCAACUGCAUCCUGAUUGUGUUUGUGAGCUACUUCGGCAGCCGGGUUCACCGUCCUCGCGUCAUUGGCGUCGGCGGACUGCUGAUGGCCGUCAGCGCCAUGCUCCUCACCUUACCUCACUUUCUGUCGCAGCCCUACACACACGACUCGGCUUUGCAGAAGUUCCACGACCUGUGCAUCCCACACAACACCACCACCAGCCCGGAGUCAUGUGGUCGUGAAGAUACCAGGCGCCUAGCUGACACCACGCUGGUGUGGAUACUUAUGGCCAUCGCUCAGCUGCUGUUCGGCGUGGGCUCUGUGCCCAUCCAGCCCUUUGGCAUUUCCUACAUUGACGAUUUUGCAGGAAGUAAAAACUCCCCUCUCUACAUAGCCAUCCUGUUUGCCGUGUCUGUGUUUGGACCGUCCCUCGGCUACCUGCUGGGCUCCGUCAUGCUUCGGUUCUACGUGGACGUGAACAGAAGUGGCUCUGGUGUAGUUACGGGGUUGAGCCCCGUCGACCCCGGCUGGGUGGGGGCUUGGUGGAUGGGUCUGCUUAUCAUCACCGGCUUCCUGACCCUCUCCUCCAUUCCUUACUUUUUCUUCCCCCGUCAAAUGAGCUCUGAAGUAAAUAUGUCGGAGACUGAGACUGACUCAGACGAUAACUUACGGGAGAAGGAUAGGUCUUUGCUUGAGUUCCUUAAAUUGUUUCCUAGAAUGUUCUUCCACCUGAUGUCGAAUCCUCUCUUCCUCUUGCUGGUCCUGGCCCAGUGCUGCUUUUCCUCAGUGAUAGCAGGCCUAGCUAGCUUCCUUAGCAAGUUCCUGGAGAGACAAUAUGGGGCUCCAGUUGCCUACAGCACACUGCUAGUAGGGUCUUUGAAUCUACCAGCUGCAGCGGUGGGGAUGCUGAUCGGUGGCUUCAUCAUGAAGAGGACGGGACUCACGGCGAAGAACAUCCCUCGUUUCUCAGUUAUCAUGCUGACCAUCUCCACCCUCUUCUGCAUCCCUCUCUUCUUCAUGGGCUGCGACACGCAGAAAAUCUCUGGGGUCAAUUACCCAGUUGAACCGCAGGGGUGAGUGCAGAAUGUCCGGCCGGCA